CUCGCACACCCUUUAAUCCCAGAAUUCGCUUUCAGCCCAAUUGAGCUUUUCCUCCCUAUCAUCGUCCAUCUUUGAAACCCGACCCCGAUGUAAGGGUGGUAAAACCGAGGCAUGUUUACGUCGCUUAUCCCGCUCCGUUAUCUUAUCCCGUUCCGUUAUGUCCAUAAUUUCGAGUAUUGUCUUGAUGAGCUUUUAAGAAUAAAAAUGGAGUUGUGUUGAUAAACCGUAGAUGAAAACUUGGCAUCGCUCCUCUCAAGUUAUCCUCUAAUACCCAUUCACGAGAUUUAUUUGACUAAGAUACUAUCUUUACCUCACCUUACCUCCUUACUUACCCUAAGCACCUACCUAAAACCUACAACCAUGCCUCCAUCCCCCAGCUCCGUCUUCAAGCCCAAGUGCGCCACGGGCUUCGGGCUCAUGGGCAUGACCUGGCGGCCCAAGCACACGCCGGACGCGCAGGCCUUCGCGGCGAUGAAGAAGGCCAUCGCGCAGGGCGCCACCUUCUGGUCCAGCGGCGACUACUACGGGAUGCCGGAGCCGUCGGCCGGGCUGGCCCUCAUCCGGCGCUACUUCGAGGCGCACCCGGAGGACGCGAGCAAGGUGACGCUCUUCAUCAAGAGCUGCGUCGACUUCAAGACCAUGCGCCCGACCGUCAAGCACGACCAGGUCAUCGCCUGCGCCGACGCCUGCAUCAAGCACCUCGGCGGCGCCAAGAAGAUCGACAUCCUCGGCCCGACCCGUGUAGACCCUAACGUCCCGCUCGAGGAGACGCUGGGCGCGCUCGGGGAGUUGGUGGCGGCCGGCAAGAUCGGCGGCGUCGGCAUCAGCGAGGCUGGCGCGCAGACCAUCGAGAAGGCGAACGCCAUCUACCCCCUCAGCCUGGUGGAAGUCGAGUUCUCGCUCUGGACCCCCGACUUGCUGACGAACGGCGUGGCGGCGACGGCGAAGAAGCUGGAUAUUCCGCUGGUCGCGUACUCGCCGCUGGGCCGUGGUUUCCUUACCGGUCAGAUCAAGUCCGUGGAUGAUAUCCCCGAAGGUGAUAUCCGGCGCCGGUUCGACCGCUUCCAGCCUGAGAACUUCAACAAGAACCUCGAGCUCGUCGAGAAGCUCAAGUUCUUCGCGACAAAAACCGGCGUCACGCCCGCGCAGCUCGCGCUCGCCUGGAUCCGCGCGCACAACGACUCGCCCCAGGCCGGCACCAUCAUCCCGAUCCCCGGCGCGACGUCGCCCGAGCGCGUCGAGGAGAACACCAAGGACGUCAGUCUCUCGGCCGAGGAGAAGGCGCAGCUGGAUGAGAUCCUGGCCUCGUUCAAGAUCCAGGGUGGGAGGUACAACGCCCAGCUGGAGGGGAUGCUUUGGCGGUAGAAAGGUAAAUGUAAGGGUUGGGGUUAGGGAUAAUGGCUUAAGCGCAUUUGGUAGAAUUAAAGGGGGAAGGUGGCAACUAGUCUAGUACUUACAUAGGUAGCAUUUAGACAAAUGUAGUAAAAAAAAGUCACUUAAGCUUUAACUAUUCUGUGAUAGUAAGGGUGUUACGUGAAGUGGUGAAGUCGU